AUGAAGUCUGCAAGCAGGCUAUUCUAUCUUUCUGUGUUCGCCCUCUGGGCUGCACCAGGAUCUUGCGAGAGUCCUGAAGAAUGUCCUAUCUCACCCAAGUCCAUCGUUGGCGAUGCCUGCGCAUCGUAUGCGACUCUCGACAGACUCAACUCCCUGACCAAACCCGCCGUCGACGACCUCACCCACAACACCGACUUUUUCUCACACUACCGAGUAAACCUCUUCCACAAGAAGUGUCCUUUCUGGAAUGACGAAAAUGGCAUGUGUGGAAACAUUGGGUGUGCAGUUGAAACGCUGGACAACGAGGAAGACAUCCCCGAGAUCUGGCGCGCACACCAGCUUGGUAAGCUCGAGGGCCCUCGUGCUAAGCAUCCCGGCAAGAAAGCCCAGCGCCAGCACCCCCAGCGACCUCUCGGUGGUCUCCUUGGCGAGAACGUGGGUGAGAGCUGUGUGUUUGAGUACGACGACGAAUGCGACGAGCGAGACUACUGUGUUCCCGAGGAUGAGAGCGCCAGCUCGAAGGGCGAUUAUGUGAGCUUGGUCAGAAAUCCCGAACGAUUCACAGGAUACGCAGGUGAUGGAGCGAAGCAGGUCUGGGACGCCGUCUACCGUGAAAAUUGUUUCCAGAAGAGUUCAUUCCCUAAGUCUGCCGAUCUCGGCCUCUCUGGCUGGCAACACGGUCCUGCCGCUCAAGACUUUAAACAGAUUCUUGACGCAGCUGGUCGCCAGGCUCAACUGGAGGAGCGUCGCCAGGAGAACCCCAACACUCCUUUUGUCGCCAAUACCGGUUUCGAAGUCGAUGAUCAGUGCCUUGAGAAGCGUGUGUUCUACCGUGUCAUGUCGGGAAUGCACGCCAGUAUCAGCACUCACUUGUGCUGGGACUUCCUCAACCAGACUACUGGCGAGUGGCACCCGAAUCUGUCGUGCUACGAACAUCGUCUGCACAAAUUCCCCGAUCGCAUUGGAAACGUCUACUUCAACUACGCCCUCAUGACCCGUGCCAUUGCCAAACUCGGUCCUUAUCUGCAAAAGCAAGAGUACAAGUUCUGCAUGGGCGAUACUUCUGAGGAUGAAGCUACCCGCGCCAAGGUUCUCGAGGUUACCGAGAAAGCUGCCAGUGUUCCUCAAAUCUUCGAUGAGAGCCUCAUGUUCGCUAACGGCGAGGGCCCAUCCUUGAAGGAGGACUUCCGUAACCGCUUCCGGAACGUCAGCCGCCUCAUGGAUUGUGUCGGCUGCGACAAGUGCCGUCUAUGGGGCAAGCUUCAAACCGUUGGCUACGGAACCGCCCUCAAGGUUCUUUUCGAGCUCGAUAACAACAAUGAGGAUGUUCCUCAUCUCCAGCGCACCGAACUGGUCGCUCUCUUCAACACCUAUGCUCGCAUCAGCAGCUCUCUCCACAACAUUGGCACCUUCCGUCAGAUGAUGGAGGAGAAGCUUGCGGGUGAGGAGCUUGGGGAGGUCCACGAGAAGGAUGAGCUCAAUUCCCAGUUUGAGGCUGAGGCCGCCAAGAAUGACCAGAUGGACGACGCCGUAAGGGAUUUCAUCGCGCUGCGACAGAGAGGUCCCAAAGGAGAUGGUAUAAUCGCUCGUUUUGGGUUCGAAAUUGCCCAAUUCAAUGGUGCAAUGCGCAUUAUUCUUGGAGGCUGGCUCCGCACCCCGAAGGCACUUUGGAGCAUCUUUUCAUACGAAGUCCAUCGUCUAUACCGAGUCUGGGUCGGUCUCCCCGUUAACAAGCGCUGGUGGAAGCUCCAGCUCCCCAAUCUCAACGUAGAGUUGAACCGAGACGAGCUAUAA